ACAGAGAAGAGGAGAAAACAUGAGCUCCAAGAAAGCAGUGAUGUCCAUUCAGGCUAGAAAGAGGCGGCCGAAGGGGAAGAAGGAUAAAGCGGGUCACCAUCGGAGGCCUGAAACCCAGCAGAAAGCCCCCGUCAGUACCCCACCCCCACCCCCGCCACCUCCUCCACCUCCCCCUGAGGUGGCAGGGCCACCGGAGCCAGAGGAAGAAAUUCUGGGCUCAGAUGAUGAAGAGCAGGAGGACCCAGCAGACUACUGUAAAGGAGGGUACCAUCCGGUGAAGAUCGGGGAUUUAUUCAACGGGAGGUACCAUGUGAUCAGGAAGCUGGGAUGGGGCCACUUUUCCACCGUAUGGCUGUGCUGGGACAUACAAGUGAAGAACUUUGUGGCGAUGAAGGUGGUGAAGAGCGCCCAGCACUACACAGAAACGGCCCUGGAUGAAAUCAAAUUGUUGCGAUGUGUGAGAGAAAGCGACCCCAGUGACCCAAACAAAGACAUGGUAGUGCAGCUGAUAGACGACUUCAAGAUCUCUGGAGUCAACGGCAUACAUGUGUGUAUGGUGUUUGAGGUGCUGGGUCAUCACCUACUGAAAUGGAUCAUUAAAUCCAACUACCAAGGUCUGCCGCUGCCAUGUGUCAAGAGCAUUAUCAGACAGGUCUUGCAGGGUUUAGACUACCUCCACACCAAGUGUAAGAUCAUCCACACGGACAUCAAACCGGAAAACAUCCUGAUGUGUGUAGACGACGUAUUCGUGAGGCGCAUGGCAAUGGAGGCAACCGAAUGGCAGAAAGCUGGAGCCCCACCCCCCUCCGGAUCAGCUGUUAGCACAGCGCCCCAGCUCAAACCGGUGAAUACAUCUGAUGUGGGAAAAAUCUCCAAGAACAAGAAAAAGAAGCUGAAGAAGAAACAGAAGCGGCAAGCCGAGCUGCUGGAAAGGCGGAUGUUGGAGAUCGAAGCUCUAGAGCGAGAGGCCGAGAUCAGGGAAGAGAGGGCCAAAGAAACUGGGGAUAAAGGUGAUGGUGAACACAACCUGCCUUCACCGCUGCAGACACCUCCGGCGCCUCUGGGCCCCAGCAUGGCUCUGGGAGAGAGUGACGAUGACGAUGAUGAUGAGGAGGAUGGAGAGGACGAAGAGGAGGAGGGAGUAGAGAGGGAGAGGCCCAUCAGGUUGACUAAUCAUACUUGUGCUGCGCCUCCCCAGGAACAAAGUGAAGCGCCACAAAUCCCUGGAGAUAACCAACAAGAGGAAGAAGAAGAGGAGGAGGAGGAAGAGGAGGAGCCCACGCCUGUCGCUGAAAAAGAUGUCUCUAUUCCCCCCACCUCAGAAGAAGGUAAUGGAGAUUCAGCACAAGCAGACAGGGAGGAAGAGAAGGAGCCAUUGAAAGGGAUGGAGGAUGAGAAUGGGAAGGAAGAGGAGGAGGAAACGGAGGAAAAGGUAGUGGAAGAACAAGAUGAGGAACAAGGGGAGGAGAAGCAAGAAAAGGAGGAGAAUGAAGACCCUGGAACAGAGGCACCAAAGAUUGAAAGCAAAACAGAGGAGGAGGCAGUUGUGGAAGAGGACUCAAAGGAGCAGGAGGUGGAGGAGUACGAGGAGAUAUAUGACGAUGAAGACGAUGAUGAUACGACGACGACAACAGCAGACCUCCUCACAGACAGCACCUCUCCAGUUAAACCCCAAAUCAAUAAAACAAAUUCAGCUAAAACUAAUGGGCACGUUUUGCUAGUCUCCGAAUCGCUAAGACAAAACCCCGGGACGCCCCCACCUCCCUCGCCCACCCCUGAGCCUCUCCUCUGCCCCCUGGUGGAGUCUGAGCUCAGCUACACCGACAGGGACAUCUCUCUCAGCUCCGGAUACGAGAUGUACAACGGCGGAGUGGCUGAGCCGGCGCUGACCAAUGGCUCCAGCGAGCAACAUCGGGCCGCAAUGCCCCUCUUCCCUGAACUGCCUUUGGAUCCUGAGCCUGGAAACCCAGUUUCUGUGGGGACAGUGAACAUUGGGACAGAACCGUCAACAAAUAGCCCCACUGCAGACCGUAGUCGCACUGUGUCAUCAUCAAGCACAGGAGACACACCAAAAGCCAGGGCCAGAGCUGCGGACCUCCUGAUCAACCCACUAGACCCCCGCAAUGCCGACUCCAUCCGAGUCAAAAUCGCUGACCUUGGAAAUGCCUGCUGGGUGCAUAAGCACUUUACAGAAGACAUCCAGACGAGACAGUACCGAUCCAUCGAAGUCUUGAUAGGAGCCGGUUACGGUACCCCAGCUGACAUCUGGAGCACCGCCUGCAUGGCAUUCGAGCUGGCCACAGGAGAUUAUCUGUUUGAGCCUCACUCUGGAGAGGACUACUCCCGUGACGAGGACCACAUAGCUCACAUCAUAGAGCUGCUGGGCUGUAUUCCGAGACACUUUGCGCUCUCCGGAAAAUAUUCCCGGGAGUUCUUCAACAGAAGAGACCACAUCGCUCUGAUCACGGAGCUCCUUGGGAAGGUCCCACGCAAAGUGGUCGCUGCCGGGAAGUACAGCCGAGAGUUUUUCUCCAAGAAAGGCGAGCUGAGGCACAUCACCAAGCUAAAGCCGUGGUCUCUGUUCGACGUGCUGGUUGAAAAGUAUGGUUGGUCACAUGAAGACGCCGGCCACUUCACUCAGUUCCUGCUGCCCAUGCUGGAGAUGGUGCCUGAGAAGAGGGCCUCGGCUGGAGAAUGCCUCAACCAUCCAUGGCUCAGCUCAUAGCUGCAAACGUCGAUCACCCUCCCUCCUCUCCCCAUGUUCUCCAACUUUGAGCCCAAAUAUCCACCACUGUUGGCAGCGUAUGAAACCGUCGUGUGGAGGGAAGCUUUCCUCCUACCAUUUCUAACGCAUCCUUUCCAUACGCACCUGAUCAGGCUUUACUCCUACAUGUAUUCUACCAUGAGGAAUGUAAAAACAAGCUUGUGGCAAUGACUACAAUAAAAGGAAUCCGAUGAUGUGAUGAUGCAUUCAGUUAAAGGAAAGGUCGGAACAAAAUGUGGGGUUGUUGCCUCUUCCAGCAAUGAGAUGUCAGCCUCUUCAUCUGUCUUCUUCUCAGUUUAAACUAAUGAAAGCUGCUGACCUCCACAGUAAGAAACGUAAAGAAGAAACGUUCUUGGACUGCUGACAGAUGGCCCAGAGCUCCAUCUUCCAUGACCAACUGGAGCCUGUAAGGACAUACGAGCGUGCGUGUUAUUUUGCGAGAGAAUGAGCGUUUGUGCCUAUGUGCCCUAUAUAACCACCUCAAAGGAGUACCAACAUCAGACGUUACAGUUUACAGCGUGCUAUCUUACACAAAUCCAGUCCUAAAAAAAAAGCUCAUCUCACCCAACAUUGCUUCUUAACAUGCUCUACGGUCCUGAACAGCAACUGCAGGGGGGAAGGGAGCAUCACACUGACGGGUGCAAAGAAGGCUUGCAAUCAAAAUAAUCAGUAUUAACCUGGAGAAGGUCUGCUUGAUGUUAAGACUUUAUUUUGAAAUGCAUGGAGAGACUGCUGGAUCGGCAUGAAGGAAUAUGACAAGCCAACAAUGGUUGUUGGUUUUAGCUCACCUUUCAGAUAUGGCAAUCGUAUUAACAAAUGUUGGUGCCCCCCCCCCCCCCCCUUAAGUAUUAACACUUUUCAGUACGAGUUUUUGACAUUCCCAAAUCCCCAUCUCUUCUGACUUUAUUCCUAAGAACUAUUUUCUUGACUCCUUCUGUGGCACGUUUACUAGAUCUGAUUGGUACUACCCUCAACCCCCGGCCCCACCCCUCUUUUUGCCCUCUGGAGGAACCCCAUCUGUCCCUGAGCCUCUCCAGAAAAGAGGCAGUCAUGUGGAAGGUUGCACUUGUCUUUGUAAAUGUCGUUCAGGGAUUUGAAACCUUUGUACAUAGAACUAGAUUUCGCAACGCAAAUAAGCGACUGUGGACAAAUUUGCGGACAAACACCCCAAGUAUCAUUCUGAAAAAAUAAAAUAAAAACUGGUUGUUGUUGGCAGUACUUGACUUCCCCUCCGGUAAAACAGGAAUGAGACAUUCUGCCACUGAUUAAACUUGGAGGAAGGCUCAAACUGACUUGUGCUGCCACCUGCUGGCAGAACGGGAGUAAAGCUGCUACUCUCAGUGCCAACACUCCGAGAAGUUUCACCAUCUCUGUCUACUUAAUUACACACACAAAUCCUAAAUCAUCACGAUUAAUCCAGUUUCCUAUUUUUCGCAAUAAAUGAAAAAAAGAUGAUUAUAAUUAAAUGGUGACAUAUUUUUAAAAAAUAUUUAAUUCAUUAAAACUAUAGGGGAAAAAAAGCAAACAACUUCUCUUUGGUUGUUGUGACAGUGACAGAAAAUUGUCUUAUACUGAGGUGAUUGUGUUUGUCUAUUAGAGAUGUUUUUAUUUGUUUUGUCAUUAUUAUUAAUAUUACUGAACGUUUUUUUAAAUAAAGAAAACACCACCUCUCCCCUCCCCUUCUUACUUGAACAGUGCUGCCCCCUGUGGGUCAUUGACAGUGACGAAAAGAAAAACUGUUUAGCAAUAAAGGGUAUGUGAUUAUUUUUUUUUUUUUCCAAUUUUGCACCAAAUCUUCUUGAUCUCCAUCUCUCAGCCAUGCUGACUGUUCUUCCUAAAGACAUCGACAGAAUUGAGUUUUGUCUGUUUUUCAUUGACGGAUUUAAUAAAUUGUAGAUUAAUGGCU